AGGCGAGAGAGGGAGGGAGGGAGAUGGAGAGAGAGUGUAUAACUUUGGGAAACAAAAAGGGAACACGGGGAACAAACUUUUUCUCUGUUUGCUCUGGCUGCUUUCUUUUGGACUUUUUCACAUUUCAUCAAAGACCUCAGUGUUGACACAGCGGACACAAGGGAUGAUAAUUUGUUUGCUUUCCUAGCUAAAGAGUUAAUUCUCUGUUUUUGUGAUCAGCAGAUAUUAUUUUGUUUUGUUGUUCCUUGCAUUUUUAUCUGAUUACUGCUUCGCUGUCUGAGCUUUGAAGAAGGUGUGACCACACAUCUGAAAUCCCUCCAAACUUAGCUUCAAGUCUCUCCAGCUCAUGGGAGUGUGAAGCCGGGCUAAAGCACACACACACGUAGACACACACACACACACACGAACGCACGCACGCACACAGACACACACACACACACACACACACACACACACACACACCUGUUGUUGCGGAGGAUUCCCCGGGAGCGCAGUCAUGGGCAUCUGCGUCACUGUUGCUUGAGGGAAUCUGUGCGUCUGAGCAGCUGUUAUCUGGUGGUGGCCUCAGUGAAUGUUACAGUAGAAGUUGACCCGACUGCUCAGGGUAGAGGAGGGAGAUGUCAUCCUACUACCCACGCACCAAGGACCUGACUCGCACCAGAAAGUCACUGACAGAUUCACCACCGUCCUCUCCGUCCCCUACAGACAAAAACUACAGACAUGACAGACUGUCAAGAUAUGACUCCAGUGGAGAAAGUGCAACAGACAAGCCACUGGGCCGCACCAGCUCUUAUACACGGAGAGAGACAAGACUGGCCGCUCUGAACAGGCAAGAGCAAGACUCCACUGCCAAAGACUAUAAGAAGAUGUAUGCGGAAGCUUUGCAUGAGAAUGAGAGGCUCAAGUCCAGGUUGCAGGACAGCAAACAAGAACUGGCCAAGAUACGUUCCCAGCUGGAGAAAGUCACUCAGAGGCACGACAGGAUAUCAGAGAGGUCUACAGUACUUGAAUCGGAGAAAAGGGAAAAACAAGCUCUUGAGAAAAGAGUGUCAGACAUGGAGGAGGAGUUAAAGAUCUUAACAGAGCUCAAGUCAGACAACCAGAGGCUAAAGGAUGAGAACGGGGCGCUCAUUCGAGUCAUCAGCAAACUGUCCAAAUGAAAAGAUACCUGAAGCUCCUGUUCUGUGUCUGCGGAUACUCCAACCCCGAAAAGGCAGUUUAAUUAUCCAUGAUAUCCCAAGCUGUAACUCCUCUCUGAGUAAUGGUGAUGGGCCGUUUCGGCUGCAUUGCAGAGAUGAAUUCCCACUGGGACUGGUGAAGAUCAAAAGAGAAGCGUUAAGAAGUUUCAGACAAAUUACACUGUGUAUGACCGAGUUACAGUAAUUAUUUCUACUUGAUUAGUUAUUUUUAUUAUUUUGUUAUUUUAAUAUACCGAAUUUCACAUUAACCAUAUAGGGACCAGUUGUACUGUUUGAAAGACAUUUCAAGACCCAGUUCAAACAAAUCCAGGGGUUUGCAUGAAAAUACUGCGUCUAAUAUAAUACCCACACAUCAUUCACAUUGAGACAUCACGUUUGUUGCUACAUCGUGCACCGCAGAAAUGUAUUUUAAUGUUGUCUUAUUUAUGAAAGAAGAGAGGAGCCAAUCAUGUCAUUGAUUUUUUUCUUUUUUUUUUGCUACUGAAAUAAUCAUGCCAUAUCUGGGUUAAACAUGGGGAAAUUGUGGCUGGAGCCUCAAACGCCCCAAGGGCCAGUCUGGCAUAGAGAUACUGUACAUUUGAAAAAUCUUUAUUUCAGUCAGAAUUCAUCGACCAAAUGAGUAAAAUGAAGCCCUGCAAGCAACAAACUAACAAAGGAGCUUCGGUUCCAGAGAAAAUUAUAUGAGUCUCCCAUAAAGUGAAACCAGCUGAGAAGUGUUGCAUCAUGCAAUUCUUCUAGGCAACUUAGAUGUUUUCUCAAAACCCCUCAUUUCAAAUUUUUUCAUUUCCUCCACUGAGAAGAUAUUUAGUUGUAUGUUCUGGGGCGAACUUCCUUAGGUUGACAACUGUCUCAGGUUUGUCACUCAGCUGCGCUUGCUCACCUCAUCAACGCCUCUCAAAUUUCAAUUUUACAGCUCCAAGGUGCAUAAACUGUAAACCCAAAACGUCCCUUUAGAAAAUCUAUUUUCUACAACCGAGAAACAACAUCCACGUUUUUCUACAGUUUUCUAAUCCAGUUUAUGGUCCAGUGUAUCGGGGCCCCGGGACACACUCGCAUAUAUUGCAUUAGAACAGCAAACCUGCAAACCUAUUCUGGUUAGAUCAUUUCUGUAACAUUUCAGUCAAAUCUGUAUCAUUUAAAAAAAAAAA